AUGUCUGACAACUCCAACAACAAGCCCUCCACCCUCCAGUCCUACGUCGACUCUGCCACCGGCGCCGUCCAGAACGCCUUUGGCAACUUGACUGGCAACACAGGCGACCAGGCCAAGGGCGAGGUUCGCCAGGACAAGGCUCAGGCUGAGUACGACGCCUCUCAGGCAGCAGUCAAGCUCCCCGGUGGCACUAUUUCCAGCACAGGUGCUUUCGCCAAGGAUGAUCCCAACCGAACUGAUGGUUCAUGGAACCAGACCGUUGGUUCUGCUAAGGAGACGCUUGGAGGUCUCGUUGGCAAUGAGUCACUGAAGCAGUCUGGACGUCAACAGAACCUCGAGGGCCAGCAGCAAGAGGCAAAGGGCCAGCUACACGACUACGGCCACGGCGUGGGAGACCGUGUCCAGGGAACUGUUGGUGGUGCUGUCACCGGUCUUACUGGAGACAAGUCAGGCCAGGAGCACUACGAGGAGCUGCACGAUAAGGGCAAGACACAGCAGCGUGGCGCCGAGCACGACAUCCAGAAGCAGGCCGAGGCCAACUACUAG